UCAACCUACAUUUGCUCUAUAUUUCUUACUUGAACAUGACAUUAGUGCUCACUCUCCUAGCUUGUGUUAUCCAUGCUCUUAACUUAGCCAACAAGUCCGAUGCAUCGAACAAAACUUGUUUCGGCGGUAUUGAUGGAUCCAUACGAUUUGACAUCUACCAAACUACUUGCCCUCAAGCCGAAGAUAUCAUCUUCGCGGGGGUCGAAGAGGCCGUCGCGAACGACCCGCGCAUGGCUGCCUCCCUCCUCCGCCUCCACUUCCACGACUGCUUCGUCGAUGGCUGUGAUGCUUCGGUGCUCCUCGAUGAUACGCCUAAUUUUGUGGGGGAGAAAACUGCUGGACCCAACCUGAACUCCCUCAGGGGAUUCGAAGUGAUCGAUUCGAUUAAGGCCGAGCUCGAGCUGGCUUGCCCUGAGACUGUUUCGUGUGCCGACGUUCUGGCGAUUGUGGCUCGAGAUUCGGUUGUCUUGUCGGGAGGGCCCACGUGGCAGGUGGAGGUAGGGCGGAAGGACAGCAGAAGUGCGAACCGCCAAGCAGCGAACACGAACAUCCCGGCCCCGACGUCCGACGUGGCCACCCUCAUCGGAAAGUUCCAGAACCUCGGCCUCUCCUCCAAGGACAUGGUCGCUCUCUCCGGGGCUCACACCAUCGGCAAGGCCCGUUGUUCUUCCUUCAGCUCCCGCCUCAAUGGCCUCGUAGGCAGCUCCGAUGCCUCCAUGGGUGACCGCGACUUCCUACAGUCGCUGCAGCAGCUCUGCGCCAGCUCGAACAACACUCUCGCCGACCUCGACCUCUCGACGCCCGCCACAUUCGAUAACCAGUACUACGUCAACCUGAUCUCCGCCGACGGGCUCCUGCAGUCCGACCAGGCGCUCACGUCCGCUGGCUCCGGCGAUGUCGCUGCACUUGUCGAGGCCUACGCGAUCGACCCGGAGCUCUUCUUCGAGGACUUUAAGGCCUCCAUGGUGCGCAUGGGCCGGCUCGCAAUGUCGGGCGGCGGCGAGGUUCGGAGGAGCUGCAGAGUUGUGAAUUAGCUCGCUAUCUAUAUAUAUAUAUAUGACCAGGAGGUAGUAUAUGUAUCUGUAGUCAUGAAAUUAGGGUUCUAUGUAUGAAGUGGUAGUUACGUAAGUGUGGAUGCAUGCAAGUUAGUACGUUCUCGUG